GCAGUGCUGAAUACUUGCCUUACGUUAUCUUUAACCAUAAUUAAGUUCGGAAGAUCAAUAUGGCUACCGAAGAAAGUAAACGGCGUGCCGAGGCGCUGAUUCCGAAGUUCCAGUUCGAGCGCGUGCUGAAUCAAGAUGAGGCAGGACGACGAAUUAUACUGCUAGGACAAGUCGAUUCUCAACCCGCGCUAGUAACGAUAGAACGAGCACCUAUUCCUGAAGCCGAAGAGUACCUUACCGCCCUACCUACGAAUCUACGAAGCAUCACGAACUUGGGAAACAAUGACAUAUACUCCUGGUCCCUAGCUUCGGGCGGACCAAUUCUCAAGGACAACGAAAAUGACAAGUUCGCGGAUUGGAAAAUCUCUAUGAUUUGUCCUUGUACUGAGGGGCACAUUAAAAAGCACAGCAGACAAGGAUUUCGUUACGUCACCGAGACGCCUGAGACCUAUCGUGAUAAAGUGCGACCGUUCAUGCAGACGAACCGAGAGGAAGGCCGGUUAAAUUGGGUCUACAAUAUUAUUGAAGGUCGCAAAGAAGUAGAAGAUAUUAUAUACAGAACGCCCUUGGGACGAGAUGGAGAUGAGGGCUUCCUCAUGCUACCAAACUUGCAUUGGGAUCGAAAGACGAUCGAAGCGUUGCACCUGCUGGGUAUAGUCGAACGACGAGAUAUUUGGAGUUUGCGAGACCUCAAGAAAAAGCACGUCCCCUGGCUUAGACAUAUGAGAGUCAAACUCAUAGACGCCACUGCAAAAACAUAUCCUCAAAUCGACACGGACCAGCUAAAGCUCUUUGUUCAUUACCACCCAACGUACUACCAUUUCCACAUCCAUGUUGUGCACGUUAUGUUAGAAGCAACUUCUACUCAGUCGGUCGGAAAGGCGGUCGGGUUAGAUAGUAUCAUCGAACAACUCGAAUCGAUGUCGGGAGACGAAGAGAUUGGUAUGGAUAGUGUUUCGCUGAGCUAUACGCUGGGAGAGGCAUCGGAUUUAUGGACGAAAAUAUUCGAACCCCUCAAGAACUCCGGUAGAGCUUCUCAACCGCAAUAACAAGAUCGUUGACAGCCGGCCCGCUGGGACAAUCUGACCAUUCCCCGCCGUCUCUGAUGCA